UGCCGCCUGCACUUUGCAGACACUCCCUGACGAGCGGGGCUGCAGCUGCCGCCGCCGCCCUUUGUAGACGUUCCCUGGCGAGCCUGGAGCCCGUCGCCUCCCCCCCCACGCGGGGCUGCCGGGCCCUCCGGGCGGCAUGGCAAGAUGGCUGCAGCCAGCCCUGGCACCUACUUGGCCCUGAACUGCCCGGCUAGGGAGCCUUGCCAGCCUUCCCUCCGUCCAGCCAGAGUCCAGUCCUGGGAGCCAUGGCCCCCAGCAGGGAACGACGGGUCACGAUGAUCCAGAUGGUCCGAGGGCUGCCCCUGGCCUCCUCCCUGCUGCUGCUGGUGCUCUGCUGUCUGUGGGUGUUGGGGGCUGGCCCGAGCUUGGCCCUGGACCUAGACCUGCUGCUUGGACAUUGGCAGGUGUACCGGCUGCUGACCUUCCCACUGGGCCACACGGCCCUCCCGGCCCUGCUGCUGAGCCUGCUUCUCUUCCCCACCCUGGGCUGGUACCAGGAGAGCCACCUGGGCACCCUGCGCUACGUCCACGCCUCGGCCCUGGGCGCCCUGGCCACCGGGCUGUUCUACCUGCUUCUGGCCGGCCUCGGGGUGCCUGGGGCAGGCGGCAGGGGCUGCGGCUACACGCCCGUCCACCUGGCUCUGCUGGCGGCCCAGCACCGGAGCCGGACCAGGCUGCCCGGGGGGGUGGUCCCACCUCUGCUGCUGCUGGCCCUCAUGCACCUGGUGAGCUCCGAGCCCCCCUUCCUGCUUCAGCUGUGCGGCCUCCUCGCGGGCCUGGCCUACUCUGCUGGGGUCUUCCGCCGGCUGGAGCUCUCGGAGCGCCGGCUCCAGGCCCUGCAGAGGGCUGGUGUCUGCAGGGCGCUGGAGGGGAGCUGCUUGCUGUGUUUCAUCCCAGCCCCAGGCAGCCCGCUGGAGCUGCCCGUCCUCCACCCUGCUGGGCUGAGGCAUCCAGAUCCCGGACCUCUUGGCAGUUUGGUGCCGGGCCUCUGGGCCCCAGACCCCCUGUCUCCUGGCCUGGGGGCUGGGCCCUCCUUGUUUGAAGGGGCCCCUUCGUGGGAUGCCCCCAGCCUCCCUCUGGAGACCCCGCUCUGGAGCCAGGGUGACAUCAUGAACGAGGAGCUGCUGCAGGCCGCCAUCCAUGCCUCCCUCCAGGACGCGCCCCUGCGGGCUACGGAGGAGCUGAGGUUGUCCAAGUCAUCGGUCUCUUCCCUGAGGCUGCAGCAGCUGGAGCGCAUGGGAUUCUCCAUGGAGCAGGCAGUGGUGGCGCUUGCAGCCACAGGGCGCGUGGAAGGGGCCGUCUCGCUUCUGGUUGAGGGGCAGGUGGGCGAUGCAGCCCAGGUGACCAGAAGUGAGCCUCCCAGGGAGGGCCCCCUUCCACCUGCCCAGAAACAGGAGCCCGCCAGGCCUUAAGGAGCGUCCCCCUGAUGGCUGCACUGGAGUGGGAACAGAGGGGGCAGCCUGUGUGCGUAUGGAGGGGUGUCAGGGUACAGGCUACUCUCAGAGGCCAUCCGAUCAGCUCCCAGCAAAACACACACACACACACACACACACACACACAC